AUGCCGCCAUCGAAAAAUGAGGGGCACCCUAGCCACUUGGUGAGCGAGUCGCCGGUCUACCACACUGCCCUGGAGAGUGUCCACGAAACAGCAGCUAGGCUUCUUUUCAUGACAGUUAAGUGGGCUAGAAAUAUCCCAUCAUUCCUAACACUGCCAUUCCGAGACCAGGCGAUUCUAUUAGAGGAGGGGUGGAACGAGUUAUUUCUUCUUAGUGCUGCUCAAUGGGCGAUACCACUUGAAUUAGGGUCAUUGCUGUCAGCGAUAUCAGCUCACCCGAAUAACGGAGACAAGAUGCCAUGUUUGAUGGCUGACAUCCGUACACUUCAGGACACGAUGUCACGUUUCAACGCAAUGCAGGUCGAUGCCACGGAAUACGCUUGUCUAAAGGCUGUUGUUCUUUUCAAACCAGAAACGAGAGGUCUGCGUGAAAUGGUACAAGUGGAAACGCUCCAGGAUCAGGCACAGUUGAUGCUCGGCGAAUAUACACACGCCCGGUUUCCAUCGCAACGCGUCAGAUUCGGUAGAUUACUCCUACUUUUACCGGCAUUGAAAGCCGUCAGCGCCAGAGCCAUCGAAGAAAUUUUCUUCCGAAGAACCAUCGGCAGCAUCCCAAUCGAGAGACUAUUGUGCGAUAUGUUCAAAUCAAGCUAG